GUAUACACGACGUCUGACAGAGAAUAAGAGAGACAGGGAGAGGAAAAGGUGAGAAAAAAAAGAUUUCAGGUCAUCAACACAGGGCAAUGCUCUCACUCAGUAGAUCGGACUUUAAACAGCAUCGAGAGGACUAAACUAAAGGCCAGUAACCUCUGGAGGGACAGCAACUACAGCCUCUGUGACGCAUUUUCACUUGCACAGGGCUCAUCUCUCCUUAGCCAUGGCAACGGCUGAGCCAGCCCCUGCCUGGUGGAAGCUGACCUUCCUCCGCAAGAAGAAAUCUGAGGCCAAGGAGUUGUAUGAGGUACCUGAGGAGUACAGUAGUAAUGCUGAUACAGCAACCGGGACGCCUGACGACAGCCAGUUCAACGCUCGCCUUGAACGCAUUGUGGACAAAACAGCCACAAAAGGACGACAUGUUAAAGUCUCCCACUCAGGCCGCUUCAAGGAGAAAAAGCGCAUCCGGGCAACAUUAGCUGAAAACCCGGAAUUGUUCCCCAACCAAGACACUUGCCAUGGGAACCAGAGCCCAGGGAAUUAAAGGCUGGGAUGUCAAUCUGUGCAUCUUCGAUUUAUUCACAUACAUAUGCAAAUACAUUUGAAAUUCAAUA